AUGGGAAACUAUCCAGGAAAAGCAAGCUCGAGUGCAAAGUCCGCCGCGCGUCAUCUCCCCUCAAAGAAUGUGAUUCAGGAGCGGGCGACAAAGGCAGCUGCAGCUGCAGCGGCUGCAGCAGCGGCGGCUACGUCAGCAAAGUCCGGAGCGACAAAGGUAACAACCAGUUCACCAAGGCAGGAUUACCUGGAGGAGCAGAGACGGUUGGAGGAAGAGGUCGCGAAAUACGACGAGCAAUUGGAGAAGUCAGGCAAGCUUGAUGGCGAGAGCAGGCCACUGGAAGACACGCCGUCGGCAGCAGAACUCCAGUUCUUUGGAAAUCUUAGGAACAUUGGUCAGGUCAAAGUACCGAAUCCCGACCAGAUCAAGCAUCAUGAGGCUGAAGAGAUUUUGAAACGAAAGCUGCCCGCAAAACCGAUCUCAUCGUCCAAUGCUGUGCCGUUUGCACAAUCGACCCCCACCUUCCCAACCCCAGCAUCGACCUCAACUUCGGUCUUGGACGGAUCAUCGGCCAGUUCUGGAUCGAAUCUGACGUCUCUCAAACUCAUGAACCUACUUCAGCUCCGGAACCAGGACCCCUCAGUCUGGACAGUAAAAAGACUCGCCGAGGACUUUGAGAUGAGGGAAGGGGACAUCCAAGCGCUGACGAAAUACAUCAACACAUAUACUAUCCUCCCCGGCAAGGACGCCAAGGGGCGGGAGGCCGGUGUGUGGUGCGAAGACUUGAGGGGCGUUGAGGUACUCGAUAAACCUAGUUCGGUCAGGGACGCAGAGGAGGCAAGGUCCUUAUCAUCCGAAGCAACGACAGCAACAGGAAAGACUUUGGGGGUUGAACAAACCAAGGCCCCAGUAUUAGAUAGAUAGAGACGAGAGACCUUCAGGAGUUAUUACUAGAUUAUUAUUUUUAAAAAAAGCUCUUCGAAC